UUGGACUCAUCCUCGAGGGCGGGGAGAAGUGGCAUUUGAGUCCUCCCGUAUCCCAGCAGGCAGUGCAGUCUGGAGAAGCUGACAAAGGAGCGGAGGAGCAGUCGCAGCUGCUUUCCGAGAAGCCAGUGUUGCUGAGAUUGCCAAAAUGCUUUGGAUUUUUUAACUGAACCUAAGAAAAUCCAAAAUAGACUUGAGACUGUUAAAACAGAAGCUGCAGCAAGGGAUUCAGUGCCAAUGCAUCAACAAAAAAGACAACCAGAGUUAGUGGAAGGAAAUCUUCCCGUGUUUGUGUUUCCUACAGAGCUAAUAUUUUAUGCUGAUGAUCAGUCAACACAUAAGCAAGUGUUGACUCUGUACAAUCCCUAUGAGUUUGCCUUAAAGUUCAAAGUUCUGUGUACUACUCCAAAUAAGUAUGUUGUCGUGGAUGCCGCAGGCGCAGUUAAAUCUCAGUGCUGUGUAGAUAUUGUGAUUCGUCACAGAGAUGUUCGAUCCUGUCACUAUGGUGUAAUAGACAAAUUCCGUCUUCAAGUUUCUGAGCAAAGCCAGAGGAAGGCUUUAGGAAGGAAGGAGGUUGUUGCUACUCUUCUCCCAUCUGCAAAAGAACAACAGAAGGAAGAAGAGGAAAAAAGAAUAAAGGAUCAAUUAACCGAGAGUUUGUUUUUUGAGCAGUCGUUUCAACCAGAAACCAGAAGUGCGUCUUCAGGACCUAGUUUAUUAACUGUCUUCCUGGGAGUGGUGUGUAUUGCAGCCCUGAUGCUGCCUACGUUGGGGGAUAUGGAAUCGCUCGUGCCUCUCUACCUCCACUUAAGUGUGAAUCAAAAAUUAGUAGCUGCUUAUAUCUUAGGUCUUAUCACAAUGGCUAUACUACGAACAUGAGAGAGGAUUUAAACUGAUUUCUGAAGUAAAUUUGUAUUGGAAAUAUAUUGAAUGCGGACUGCCUUUUAUCUCUAUUUCACUCCAUGAACACACUACAAACUAUUGGAUGAGUUCAAAUAAUUGAAAAUGUAUAUUAUAUAUAUUAAAAUUAUUCAGUAAUUUUGAGGGAUUCCAGCACUUUAUGUUACAGACAGUAGGGAUGAUUCUAAGUGAUAGAGAAAUUAUUUGAAGAAAGUCUUUUAAAUUCUGUAUUGUGCAAAAGAGUUCAAUUAAAACAUUAGUUAUUUUCUCAUCUUCUCUUCUAAUUCACUUUAAUUAAUAAGGAUCAUAUGUCCUUCUAAGUUACAGGCCUAAACGAACAAACUGACUAGCCUAAAAAUAAAAUUGCAUUUAUUUGCUAGCUAUGAUCAAUGUUACUAUGUAAAUUAUACCUUGCCCUUUAUGGUUACAAACAGUUGUUAUAGUGUUUGUAAAGUAAGAAUUUUCCAGUCACUGUGUGGAGAAUUAAAAACAAGUAUAAGGUAUUAAGGGAUCAUGAUUAUUGUAGAGUCUCACAGAAAACAGGAUAUGUUUAAUUCAUCUUGUGAACUACCAAAUAGGAUUGUAGUCCAGACACAAAGCGCAUAUAUAUAUUCUCACAAAAGUAGGCUGAUGGCUCUAUUUGGUCUAAGAGUUCUAAAGGAAGGUAGGCAUUUGUUUAAUUAGUUGGCUCGCCCUGGCUUUACCUCUGGUUAAUGCUUUACGUUAAUGGAGGGAAAUCACUAACUUUUCUCUCAAGCUCUUUGUCUGUCCGCCUGUUAAGUGACAGGCCCAUAUUGGGAGGGUCAGAUGCUAGGUGGUUCAUGUGAAGAGGAUUUUUCACCUUAAACUCUAAGCCAAGUAUGGGAACCCCUUGAUACCUGUGUCUAUUUUAUAUCAGUCACUGAUACAUUUUUAAGGUUUUAUUUAUUAAAACAACUGUACCAAAAAAGGUCCCCUAAGCACAACUAUUUACAUUUCUUUAUAGCUUCUGAUCUCUAACAUAUAAAUAUAUACUACAUAUGCAGUUUUAACUGCUUUGUCAUAGCAACUGCUCUUUUGUCUUAGGAUUUUUAUCUGAAAGCACAAUGUGUUGAGUCUCUUGAAAAUCAACUUUCAGAUCUUUUUACAGAAUGAACUUACGCACCGCUACUGUAGCAUUCUCAAGGAAUAUAUGUAAACACAAAUGGAUGCCUGAAGUUGUUUUCUGCAAGCAGCAAUUCUGCUUCUAGAAGCUUUUAUGUCUAGUCUCUUGUCAUUGUUUAACCAUUUGGGGGCGCAUAAAUCAUUCAGUGGAUCAUGUCUGUACAUUGUGUAAUAACUGAAAAGCACAUAAAUGUAAUCUACUUUGAACUUUGUUAAAAA